CUGACGGGCGGCUGGUUUCAGCCCGCUGUUCGGGUUCACCAUCCCGCCCGUUUUCUGGAUCGUCAAGAUGGGCCACAUUGAGCUGAGUGACAGGCAGCCGCCGCACCUGGCCGGCGUCUCCAAGAUCAUCACGCACAAGUACUUUGACGCCAAGACAUGGAACCACGACAUCGCGCUGGUGAAGCUGCGGGAGCCGCUGGCGUUGGACCAAAUGACUGGUGUCAACACCGUCUGCCUGCCGGGUGCCAGUGCCAGCUUCGAGGGCCACCUCUGUCACGUCACCGGCUGGGGCAAGGUCACCGAAAAUGGUUCGGAUUCCGAGCUACUUCAGAAGAUUGCCGUGCCGGUCAUUCCUUACAACGACUGCUAUAAAAAGUACGAGAGCAUCAACCCCAUCACGCCGGGCAUGGUGUGUGCCGGCGGCGACCAGCCCAACAAAGGCCCUUGUGUGGGCGACUCGGGAGGCCCGCUGCAGUGUCGGCGCGAGGACGGCGCCUGGGUCCAGAUCGGGGUCACCAGCUGGGGCGUCGGCUGCGCUCGACAAAACUACCCCAGCGUGUACGUCAAGAUCUCAGACUACGUUAACUGGAUCUACUUCCACCUGGCGAAGGACUACCUGGCCGGACUGCGCGCCGCCCGUACGCCCCGGGCACCGCACCGGACUGACGGCCGGCCGUUGUGACCCGGUGUACUGACGUCACGCAUCGCCGCCGGUGGCCGUGGGUGAUGGGCUGAGCCGUUCGAGUGAGGAUGAGUGGCGAAGUGACCCGUCUGCCGGACGCGGCGCGGAAUGCGCCGUAUCACCGCGGCGG